GGCUUGAAGAUUGUAAUGAAUUUAGGCAACGUGUAAUGCCACUAGCCUGCAGUAGAGGGCAAGGAGCUUAAGCUUCACUGAAAAGCUUGAUUCCAGUGCCCCUGCUGCCAGUCUAGCCCUGUCAGUGAACCAUCCACACCUGCAGCUCCGCUGGAGCCCCUGGAAGCCUGGGGAUGAGGAAACUCAUGGAUGCUGAGGACUUUGAGAGAAGAGUCAGACUUCAAGUUGUUGAUUGGACACAGAAUGGAGACAAUUGAAGAAUUAAGAUUUUCACAAUAUUCAUUAUUCAAGACAUGUAUUAAGUACCUAUGCUGCCAGGAACUUUUCUGGGCACUGGGACUAUAGCAGUGAAUGGAACAGAUAGAACUUCUCUUCCUACACAGCUUACAUUCUAGUAGGGGGAUAAGAAAAGAGAGAUUACGAACAAAAUGUUAGGUGGUGAGAAGGGCUAGAAAGAAAAAUAACUUUAAGAUAAGGAGAAUAGAGAGCAAUUAGGGAGUGGUAUUUUGUAGAGGGUGGUCAAAAACCGUCUUUCUGAUAUGGUAACCAUAGUGCAGAGAUGUCAAGGGAGUGAGGGAGCAUGCCACUUGUCAUUUGGGCAAAGUGUAUUCUGGAAAGAGAACAGCAAGUACAAGUUCGAAGAUUUGAUGUGAGAGCAUGCUUGGAAAGUGUAAAGAAUGACCAGACAAGAGUUGGGAGAUACGGAUUGAAGAUGUCAGAUCUUGCAAGGACUUGGGAUUUUCCUCUGGUUGAAAUAAGAAACCAGUGGAGGAUUUGGAGUAGGGAAGUGGCAGAGUCUGAUGUUCAUUUUAAAGAUUCCUCUGUCUGUUGGGAGGAAAUGACUGAAGAGGCAUAAGGUUGGUAGGAAAGGCCCCCUGGGACUCUAUCGAGAAAGGAGGCAGUAGGGGAGGUGGGGUGAAGAAGUUAGAGUCUAAUAUUAAAUUAAUAAACUCUUAAACUUUAUGUUCUCCCACACCAGGCACUGGGAAAAUACCAAAGCAAGGUAAACAGCUUGAUGAGUUUUCCUGCUUAUCCAUGCAUGUGUCCAAUACACACCUACCUUCACUUUCCUCAGACUUGUCACUCCUACAGACAAGCAGGAAGAAGAAAGGAUAUACUCCGUGGGAAGAUAUGGCGUAUGAUCCAGAUUGAUUUUGCCACCAACCUGAAGACAUAUGCAGCCAUAAAGACAGGAACCAUUCUGUUUAUUUCUAUGUUUUGGACCUGCCAUGUUAAUGGGAUUUUGAACUCAUCAUCAUUCAUAUAAGGGAACCAGUGAUAGAAUCCUUGGAAUUACAAUGAAAUAUAUCAGAAGCAUUUACAUAUUUUGUAGUAUUGCUAUGUCAGUGCAGGGCUGGGCUUCAAAGCUGCCAGAAGAAAGGGAGUUAACGACCAAUUUCUCCAACUUGUCCCUAAGAAAGAUUCCUGCAGACUUGACCCCAACCACAACCACACUGGAUUUAUCCUACAACCUCCUUUCUCAACUCCAGAGUUCAGAUUUUCGUUCUGUCUCUAAACUGAAAGUUUUGAUUCUAUGCCAUAACAGAAUCCAAGAGUUGGAUAUCAAGACCUUUGAAUUCAACAGAGAGUUAAGAUAUUUAGAUUUGUCUUAUAACAGAUUGAAGAUUGUAACUUGGUAUUCACUGGCAGGUCUCAGACAUUUAGAUCUUUCUUUCAAUGACUUUGACACCGUACCUAUCUGUGAGGAAACUGGCAACAUGUCACAUUUGGAAAUCCUAGGUUUAAGUGGGGCAAAAAUACAAAAAUCAGAUUUCCAGAAAAUUGCUCAUUUGCAUCUAAAUACUGUCUUCUUAGGAUUGAGAAGUCUUUCUCAUUAUGAAGAAGGUAGCCUGCCCAUCUUAAACACAACAAAACUUCACAUUGUUUUACCAAUGAACACAAAUUUCUGGGUUCUUUUGCGUGAUGGAAUCAAGACCUCAAAAAUACUAGAAAUGACAAAUAUAAAUGGCAAAAGCCAAUUUGCAAGUUAUGAAACUCAACAAAAUCUUACUUUAGAGGAUUCCAAGACCUCUGUUCUAUUACUUAACAAAGUUGAUUUACUCUGGGAUGACCUUCUCCUAAUCUUCCAGUUUGUUUGGCAUACAUCAGUAGAAUGCUUCCAAAUCCAACAUCUGACUUUUGGAGGCAAGGUUUAUCUUGACCACAAUUCAUUUGAUUACUCAAAUACUGUAAUGAGAACUAUGAAAUUGGAGUACAUACAGUUCAGAAUUUUUUAUAUUCCGCAGGAGAGGAUCUACUUGCUUUUUACCAAAAUGGAUAUAGAAAACCUGACUAUAUCAGAUGCACAAAUGCCACACAUGUUGUUUCCUGUUUAUCCUACAAGAUUCCAAUAUUUAAAUUUUGCUAAUAAUAUCUUAACGGAUGACCUGUUUAAGCAACCUAUCCAAUUGCCUCAUUUGAAAACUCUCAUUUUGAAGGGCAAUAAAUUGGAGACACUUUCUUUAGUGAGUUUCUUUGCCAACAACACAUCCCUGAAGCACUUAGAUCUGAGCCAGAAUCUGUUACAACAUGAAAAUGAUGAAAAUUGCUUUUGGCCAGAAACCUUGAUCACUAUGAACCUGUCAUCCAACGAACUUGCUGAUUCUGUUUUCAGGUGCUUGCCCAGAAGUAUUCAAAUACUUGACCUGAAUAAUAACAAAAUUCAAACUGUCCCGAAAGAGAUUAUUCAUCUGAAGUCUUUGCAAGUGCUAAAUCUUGCAUUUAAUUUUCUAACCGAUCUUCCUGGGUGCAGUCAUUUCAGAAAACUCUCAAUUCUGAACAUUGAAAUGAACUUAAUUCUCAGCCCAUCUCUGGAUUUUUUUCAGAGUUGUCAGGAAGUUAAGACUCUGAAUGCAGGAAGAAAUCCAUUCCGGUGUACUUGUGAAUUAAGAGAUCUCAUUCAGCUUGGAAAAUAUUCAGAGGGCAUGAUGAUCGGAUGGUCAGAUUCGUACAUCUGUGAAUACCCUUUGAAUCUAAAGGGGACUAGGUUAAAGGAUGUUCAUCUUCCUGAGUUAUCUUGCAACACAGCUCUGUUGAUUGUCACCAUUACAGUUAUCAUGCUAGUUCUGGGGAUGGCUGUGGCCUUCUGCUGCUUUUACUUUGAUCUGCCCUGGUAUCUCAGGAUGCUGGGUCAAUGGACACAGACAUUGCAGAGGAUUAGAAAGACAACCCAAGAACAACUCAAGAGAAAUGUCCAGUUCCAUGUGUUUAUUUCAUACAGUGAACAUGAUUCUACCUGGGUGAAGCAUGAAUUAAUCCCCAAUCUAGAGAAAGAAGAGAAAUUGAUUUGCCUUCAUGAGGGAAACUUUGACCCUGGCAAGAGCAUUACUGAAAAUAUCAUGAACUGCAUUGAGAAAAGCUGUAAGUCCAUCUUUGUUUUGUCUCCCAGCUUUGUCCAGAGUGAGUGGUACCAUUAUGAACUCUACUUUGCCCACCACAGUCUCUUCCAUGAAAAUUCUGAUUACAUAAUUUUUAUCUUACUGGAACCCAUUCCACUCUACUGCAUUCCUACCAGGUAUCCUACGCUGAAAGCUCUUCUGGAAAAGAAGGCAUACUUGGAAUGGCCCAAGGAUAGGCAUAAAUGUAGACUUUUUUGGGCAAAUCUUCGAGCCACUAUUAAUGUUAAUUUAUUAGAAACCGGAGAGAUGUGUGAACUACAGACAUUCGUGGAGCUGAAUGAAGAGUCUCGAGGUUCUGCAAUCUCUCUGAUAAGAACAGAGUGCCUAUAAAAUCUUCUCUUCCCCUAGGGAAAUUUGGGCCUGCAUACACUGUUGAGAUAGAAGUUGAGGGUGCCUGGGUGGCUCAGAUGGUUGAGCGUCUGCCUUCGGCUCGGGUCAUGAUCCCGGGGUCCUGGGAUCGAGUCCCGCAUCGGGCUCUCUGCUCCUUGGGAGCCUGCUUCUCCCUCUGCCUCUCUCUCUCUCUCUCUGUCUCUCAUGAAUAAAUAAAUAAAAUCUUUAAAAAAAAAAAGAAGUUGAUACAUGUUUAUGAUGGUAAUAUGGCAAUAUCAUUAAAAUGAAAAAUGAUUAUUAUUUUCAUGUCAGUUCCUAGAAGGAUUUCUAAGAAUGUAUACUACAGAAACACAAGUUUGCAAAGGCUUAUGUAAAAAGGUGUUCAUCCCAGCAUUGUUUAUAAUCAUGAAAAAUUGAACAGAGCUCACAUUUCCUAGAAUAAAGGUUGAUUCAAUAAAUUAUAGUUCAUUAAUGCAACAAAAUAUUACACAGCCAUUAAAAAGAAUGAGGUAGUGCUAUAUUUACUGGUAUGGGGAAAAUUAUACUAAUAUGGUGGUUUAUAUGUUGAAAUAAAAGUAUCAAUGAAUCUACACCAGUACAUUGAUAUAGUAACAGUGGUUUGAGUCUGGGAGGUUGUAUUACAGAAAACAUUUGAUUUCUAUGUUGUAUAUUUCUAUAACAUUGGGAUUGCUUAAGUGAAUCUGUAUUUCUUUUGUAGGUAGAAAAGUACAAUAAAGAUAAUAUUUGGGGCACCUGGGUGGCUCAGUCGUUAAGCGUCUGCCUUCGGCUCAGGUCAUGAUCCCAGGGUCCUGGGAUCGAGCCCCGCAUCGGGCUCCCUGCUUGGCAGGAAGCCUGCUUCUCCCUCUCCCACUCACCCUGCUUGUGUUCCCUCUCUCACUGUGUCUCUGUCUGUCAAAUAAAUAAAUAAAAUCUUUAAAAAAAAAAAAAAGAUAAUUUUUAAAGCCUAUACAUCCUAUUCAUUUUGCUUGAUUCUUCCUUUCUAGUCUCACUAGUCAUAGAACGAAAACAAGCUUUUCUAAAUAUUGUAAAAUUGUGUUACUUCCCUGAUUAGAAAUGUUACUUCCCCGAUUACAAAAAUUUCUGUGGCUUGGGAUACCUGGGUGGCUCAGUUGGUUAAGAAAAAUUUCUGUGACUUACACACCUAUAAAGGAAGAAAACGGCCAUAUUUAAAAUCUGACACCAAUCUCCUCUUACCUCCAUGCAUCCUAUCAUUGAGCCCUAACAAGUUAUUGGACCUUCCCCAGAACAUUCAGUCUCUUUGGUAUCAUGACUGGCUGUUGAGGGAAUCUUACAUAUCCUUCAAGGUACAAUCCAAAUGUCAACUCUUUUAUGAAAACUUCCUCAUUUCCAAGUAUGGUGCUCCUUGAUGCUCCAUAACACU